AUGAACCUUUAUUUUGAAAUGCAUCAAGUGAAAAGUUAAUUUCCACAAACAUGGCGGCUCCCGUCAACAACAGCUCUGGCUGCUGGAGAGUCCCGGAGGUUUACAAACAUCACGAACAGCAGAGAGUGUGCAUUUCUCGACCAAAAUAUAGGGAAGGAAGAAAAGCCAAAGCAGUUAAGGUUUACACCAUAAAUUUAGAGAGUCGUUACCUGAUGGUCCAAGGGGUCCCAGCGAUUGGGGUUAUGACUGAGUUGAUUCAGCUGUGUGCCCUCUAUGGAGCUGUGGAGGAGUACAGGCCCCUGGACGAGUAUCCUGCCGAGGAGUUCACAGAGGUGUACCUCGUAAAGUUCCAAAAACUCACAAGUGCCAGAGCAGCAAAGCGACACAUGGAUGAGAAAAGUUUCUAUGGUGGUGUGCUGCAUGUGUGCUACGUCCCCGAAUACGAGACUGUGGAAGACACCAGGCUCAAGCUGCAGGACCGGAGGAGCUAUGUCAUCCGGGCUGCUCAGAAAAGAGUGAGAGAAAGGGAACAGAAAGAGGACACACAAGAGGAGCCUACUUCAUCGGAAACAACUACCACGUCAGACGACAACAUCCUCACACACAAACAGACCUCUGGAAAUGACAAUACAAGGGAGACUCCAAACAUCAGCCACUAUUUAGGCUUUCCUCUACUGCCAUUACCUCCCCAAGAACAUCAUUACCAUAGGCCUAAAAGUCAACAUUUACCAACAGAGGAUAAAAUGGGGACUUUGCACAAUACCUGUGCUGACACAUUAGAGCAGCGAGAAGGGAGUUCAAGGAGCAAACAGACCUUAUCGAGCAGACCGUCAGCACGUCAGGCUGCAGCAGUCAGAUUUCUUCCUCGGACCACACACUUGGAGAAACGGAAACGCAAAAUGGAAGAGGCUGAGGAGGCCUCCAGUACUGUUUCUGGGCAGAACGAGCCUUUGAUUGGACCAAAACUACCAGAACCAUCCAAACUGGACAUGGAGGAUGAGUCACUGAACACAACUGUCAGCCUGAUCAGGAACACAAUGAAGCAGGUGACAUCGAGUCCAGACAUCAAACCAGUGGAGAAGAAGGUCAAACCACGCCGUCGGAUUUGAUAGAG